AUCAACUUCGUCCCAAUACUGUAAAUACAUAACAAUUUCGAAUCAUUAUUUAAAUGUAAUAUUAAAUACGAAACGUAAAAAAUCCGUCUCAUUAAAUAAAAUAUCGAUAAUUUAUAAAUUAGUUUAACAUUCGCUUAUAUUUAAGUGCACGCGGCUUAUCGAAGACACACGGGAACAGUGUCUGGUAUAGAAAUACUUUUGAUCAAUAAGAAUUCUUUAUUAAUUUAUUUGUGUUCUAGAUAAGAAAGCAUCGCUUUUUGGUGGCUUCGUGCACUCAACAUUGUGAUAUAAAAACGUAUUUCGGCCUAUAACUAACAACGAAAAACUAGUUUAUUACACGAUCGUAUAGUGUUUAUUUUUGAUCAAUCGUCAAUUCGGGAGUAAUCGGUUUAGUGAUAAGUGUUUAAUAUGUCUAAACCUAACACGCUGAAGGCGCACAGACUGAGCGCGGAAUUCGCUGAGAAACGAGGACAAUUCUUGAAGAAAACAGAUCCUUCUAAUUCAUAGCAACCACCAGUCCGCGCCAUGGAGCAGCGGCUAUGCGAAUGGCCGGCGGGCACUGACGGUGCACCUAAAGCCAUCACGCGACUCGAGGGCCAAAUUGAAGAACAGAAGCAGCUGAGACUCCAAGACGCGAAGCAAGUAGAGGCAAAAGCGGCCCGAAUCAAAGAGUGGGUGACUAAUAAACUUAAGGAACUUGAACAGCAAAAUCAGCUGCUUAGAGAACAAAACGAUAGGUGCAACCAACAGUUGGAACUACUGAGGAAUCACAUAGCAGCACAGGGGAGCAGAAAUUCUACGUUUCUGCCCACUCGCGCAAGCCUCUCGCUAGAAGUGAGGACAGACGACAGCUCGUCCCGAGCUACGUCCAGUCUUUUGGCGUCCAACAGACGUCGCUCUGAAAGCCUAGAGGGGCCUAAGCUACCAAUAAACACGUCUGAGCCACACUACAGUACGCCUGUUAGACAUAGACGAAAUCUUUCAAUCGGUACAACCAAUAUUGCGAACAACAUCAAUACAAAUUCAGCUCUUAACACCAUGAAUCGAACUAUGGACGAGAGGACUACAGCCAGUUUAUUGGCUGAUGACCUAGCGACGGCUGUAGAGAAUCUAGUGGUUCUACCCACAACUCCGAACACGUCUACAGACGGCGAUACAACCCAUGAUUAUGCUGAGAUUUAUACUCCAAGUAGAGAGCGCACCCCGGCAUGGCAAGGUGUGAACGUGGUGGUUCAAGGUAAUAGUCGUGGUGGGUCUUCCACUGGUGAUAGCGCUGCUUCGGAUCCUCCCCGGCCGCCCACCCCACCCCUGCACCGCUUCCCCAGCUGGGAGGCCAAGAUCUAUCAGGUAGCAGACGAUGGACUCCAACAAUCGGUAGAGGAAGAACUAAGCCCCCCGCCGUGCUCCCGUCCGAUGCACGAGUCGACCAGCUACCAGGACAUAUCCGUACCCGUUUACGCUACCGUGAAAGGGCGAGCCAGCCAAAUAAGGUCGAUGCCCUUCACCGGCGACUCCUCAGACGACUCUUCUGACGGUGAAGAGUCUAUGGGUGUAACGGUCCAUAACACUCCGCACCAUCAACUAGUCAACACUGCUUAUAGCGGACAAACAUCACAGAUGCCAAUAAACAACGUGAACCUAACAAAUGUUCUGCCGGCCUCCAUACAACAAACCUCUAGUCACGGUCUAGUACUAACUAACAGCGCCAACGGACAGUGCAGUUCUUCUGACACCAGCCUAAGUGCCAGUAGUCCUUCGAAAAGUGUCAAGACCAGCUCAAGUUUAAGUCCCGCAAAGAGAUCGAGCAGCGGGUCGCCGAGCAAACAGAGUAAAACUAGAGACACGUCAUUCGAGUCGGGCAUGUCGGACGACUACGCGAUCCCGCCGGACGCGGUGUCGUGCGAGAGCGCGGUGGCGGCGCGGCCCGCGGACUCGCCGCGCCGACACGACGCGCUCGAGAAGGCGGGACAUCUCGCCAAGCUCGGCGGGAAACUCAAGACCUGGAGGAAGAGAUGGUUCGUCUUAAAAAACGGUACCCUGUCGUACUGGAAGUCUCAGUCAGAGGUGAAUCGGAAACCUCAAGGGCAGAUAGGCUUAGGAGAAGCCUGUAAGAUAUCGAGGAACGAAGGAGCCGCCACGUUUGAGAUAUUCACCGGAAGUCGCACGUACUAUCUAACGGCAGACAGUAAUGCUACCAUGGAGGACUGGAUAAGAGUUUUACAGAACGUACAAAGGAGGAACGCCACAAAACUCCUGUUAAGCAAAGAAGACAAUAAACCGACGAUCCAGGGCUGGUUGACCAAAGUUAAGAACGGACACGCCAAGAAGAGUUGGUGCGUCCUAAUCGGGAAGAUGUUCUUAUACUUCAGAUCGCCAGGAGACCAGAACCCAACAGGCCAGAUCAAUAUGCGUGACGCACGCGUCGAGGACGUGGAACACGUCUCGGAUUCAGAUUCAGAGGAGAAAAACGACGACACUAGAAAUCACCUCACUGUCGCCAUCUACCCGCAGCAACAGGUAACUGGGGGUCCAACGUACUUGUUAUUCGAAAGCAAAGCAGACAAAGACUCGUGGUUGUACCAUCUCACCGUGGUCAGUGGCGGCGGACUCAGCCAGGGAACGCACUUCGAGCAGCUAGUCCAGAAACUAAUGGAAACCGAUGGAGAUCCCAAUUGCGUUUUAUGGAGACAUCCGACGUUGCUUUAUUCAAAGGAGAAUUUGACGUCACCGCUGACCUCGCUCAAUUCAGAGGCUCUACAGGCAGAGGCACUGAAACUGUUCAAGUGCGUGCAGCUGUUCAUGUCGGUGUGCGUGGAGCAGGCCGGCAUAGACUACCACGUGGUGCUGGCGCAGAACGCGCUGCAGCAGUGCCUCGAGGUGACGGAGCUGCAGGACGAGCUGUGCGCGGCGCUGGCCCGCCAGACGGCGCCGCACGCGCCCGCCAAGCACGCCGUGCAGGUAACACGACACAAGCGCCUUAACGCCAAGCUUGCACACGCUCCCCUACUAUCGGUGGAUUGCAAGAGUAAUCCGCCGACGUACAGUUUCGUACAAGGCUGGCAACUUCUCGCUUUAGCCGUUAGCCUCUUCGUGCCGAGAAACAACCGAUUGCUAUGGUACUUGAAAUUGCACCUCAGCAGGCAUUCCGAUACUAAAACGGAGUGCGGAAAGUAUGCGGCGUACUGCUCGCGCGCAUUGGAACGCACCAUACGCAACGGCGGACGCGAAGACAAACCGUCGCGAAUGGAAGUGCUGUCCAUUCUACUGAAGAACCCUUACCAUCACUGUCUCCCGCACGCGAUACCCGUGCACAUGCUCAAUAACACUUAUCAGGUGAUCAGCUUCGAUGGUUCCACCACCGUCGAGGAGUUCCUGCACACGCUGAGCACCGAGCUCGGCUGCCGGGAGUCGGCCGCGUCCGGCUUCGCGCUCUUCAGCGACGACCCCAUAGAGAAGGACUUGGAGCACCACAUUAAACCGGACAAAAAGCUAUGCGACGUGAUAUCAAAGUGGGAAACCGCGCUCAGAGAGAAAGGCUCCGGAAAGUUCGAGAACACUCGCGUCAUACGAUUGACGUACAGAAACAGGCUGUACUUCAAGAACUCGGUCAGGACCGAAACGGACAAGGAGAGGCUGCUGCUCUGCUACCAGGUCAAUCAGCAAGUGGUAGGAGGCCGCUUCCCAGUCACCCGCGAGCUGUCGGCGGAGCUGGGCGCGCUGAUGGCGCAGCUGGACCUGGGCGACUACCUGGCGGGCCACGCGCUGCACAACCAGCCGCUCGCGCACCGCUACUACCCCUACCGGUACCGCGCCGCGCUCUCCGCCGACCAGCUCAGAGAUUUAGAAGAGAAACUCCGUUCGAAAUGGAUAGCGCUGAAAGGAAGGAGCACAUCGGACUGCGUCCGGAUCUACCUCAACUGCACGAGGAAGUGGCCGUUCUUCGGAGCCACGCUGUUCCAAGCUAGAAUAAAGCAGCCGGACUUGUCUAUGGUGUGGCUGGCGGUGUCCGAGGAGGGCGUCACGGUGCUGGAGCUCGCCUCCAUGGCCGUCAUAGGUCGAUACGCGCUCACCUCUAUCGGACUCUUUGGUGGAUUACAGGACGAUCUCAUGAUGUUGAUUGACGGCGAAGACGCGACGAGUCCGGUGCACAAGAUGCUGAUCAGCCUCAAUAAACUUAAAAUGGCCGAGCUGACUCACUUGAUAGCGGACUACAAGAACGCGCUGCUCCGCAACCCGGCCACGUGCACGCCCCAGCUGUCCCUCUCCCGCCACGGCAGCCACCGCUCCGUGCGCAAACACCCCUCCACCCUCCCGCACUCCAACCCCUCCACGCUCCCGCACGCGCACGCGCACCACACGCUCAACUCGCACGCCACCACCAUGACGCUGGGCUCCGAGCGCAACGCCACGCUCACGCUCAGCUCCCACGCCUCCACCUUCAACCCGCACGCCGACGCCCGGGUGCUGUCCCACGGACAGCCCGACAUACUCAAGUCGACGCCCGACCACCACAGAAGCGAGAAGAAGAGGAGCCACACACAAGACACCGGGGUCGCGUGAGCUCACGAUGCUCACGGUGCUCACGACUAACAUUACACAGCCGUUCUCGUGUCUAUCCAGAUCUAAAUAUCAUUUGUAUGAAAUUAGUUUUCAUAAAAAAAAUAAGUCAAAUUGU